CGCCGAAGCCAUCGGAGAAAUAUUGAGGAGGAUUCGAAAAAGGGAAACCCUGAAAAGAGACCGAAACAAACCCUAGCUUCCAAGCUUCUUCUUCUCGUGCGAAAAGCAUCGAAUCGGAUCGUAUCAAAGUGAUAUCUUUCGGAGGGCUUCGAUCUGUUCUUCUCCUGCUGGUUAGUUUGAUACCAGGAUUGGAGGUUUUUGGAUUCGUGAUGGUGGCGGGAACGGAGGUUCUCCAUCAGAGCAUUCCGGUGCUGGAGCCGCAGUAUAGGUUCGUAGCGAAGGAGAUCGUUGAUGUAUCUGCAGCGGCGGCGGCGGCGGCGGCGGCGGCGACGGUGGCCUCGGCGUCCUCGGCGUCUGAGCUGGAGUCAAGAGCCUCAGAUGCCAUUCCAGAUAUCCUCCUGGAGCCUGAGCUUUUGGAGUUUGUCCCAACCCUCCGUUCUGGUAGCUAUACAGACAUUGGGACGCGAAAGGAUAUGGAAGAUGAGCACAUAUGCAUCAAUGAUCUCCCAGCACACCUGCGAUCUUUGUUCAGGUGCCCAAUACCUAGCGCAUUUUAUGGGGUGUUUGAUGGUCAUGGAGGUCCUGAUGCAGCAGCUUACAUUAGAAGGCAUGCAAUUAGAUUCUUGUUUGAAGAAGCGAGAUUUCCACAAGCAUUGGAAGUUGAUAAUGCCUUUUUAGAUGAAGUUGAGAGCUCUAUCCGGAAAUCAUUUCUCAAUGCUGACCUUGCAUUGGCAAAUGAUUGUACUAUAAGCAGUUCUUCUGGUACGACGGCUCUCACAGCAUUCGUAUUUGGAAGGCUUCUGUUGGUAGCCAAUAUUGGUGAUUGCAGAGCAGUCCUUUGUCAUAAAGGCGAGGCAGUGGAGAUGUCACAAGACCACAGGCCCAUCUAUGAAGCCGAGCUCCGAAGAAUCGAGGCAUCUGGGGGCUUUGUUGAUGAUGGGUACCUAAAUGGCGUCCUCUCUGUGACCCGAGCCCUUGGGGACUGGGACAUGAAAUUUCCCUGUGGCUCCUGCUCGCCCCUCAUUGCUGAGCCUGAGUUCAGGCAGACAAUACUAACUGAAGAGGAUGAAUUCGUGAUCAUGGGUUGUGAUGGGAUAUGGGACGUGAUGUCGAGCCAGCAUGCUGUCAGCAUUGUUCGGAGGGGCCUCAGGAGGCAUGACAAUCCAGAGCAGUGUGCAAGGGAUCUUGUCAUGGAGGCACUGCAGCUCAAGGCCAUUGACAACCUCACUGUGAUUGUAGUCUGUUUUUCUUCAGAGCACCAGGAGACUGCUUCACCUUCACAUUGCCCGGAUAAGCAGCAGCCGGCAAGGUUGAGGUGCUGCAGCCUAUCCACAGAGGCUCUAUGUAAUCUGAGGAACUGGAUGGACAAUGAUGGUGGCAGUUAAAACUUCAAAGACAGAACAGAGUUUAUUACUUCAUAUACUUAGAAUUGAUAAUUAUUAGAGCUGUGAUCAAUUGUUCUGUUCUGGAGGCUGCUUCAGGAGGGUCUGAAAGCACUCAGCAUUUUUUUUUUUUUUUUU